AUGAUAAAGUUGGAUUCAUUUAUGUUCUGAAAGAAAAAAAAAUCACAAGUUCGGAUAUGUUCUCUGCCCUUUUUUCCUGUGUUGCGGUUUCGCUGAUUCACAGUACGGGCUGCACCGUUUUUCACGUGCCACCAGAGGCACAAAUGACUGUGACUGAAAUAAUAAUUUAUCAUGGUUAUCCAGUACAGGUAUUUGAAGCGCUAACUAUCGAUGGUUACAUCUUGCAACUUCAUCGCAUACCAUUUGGCAGAAACGGUACCUUUAUACUUAGAAACCCUGAAAACUUUUUUUUUUUUUUGAAAAAGAGAAAGCGCCCGGUGGUGUUUUUGCAGCAUGGUCUUCUUGGUUCCAGCGCAGACUGGGUCACAAAUCUUCCUAAUGAGUCACUUGGUAAAUAUUUCAGUACUGAAAUAAUAAUUUAUCAUGGUUAUCCAGUACAGGUAUUUGAAGCGCUAACUAUCGAUGGUUACAUCUUGCAGCUUCAUCGCAUACCAUUUGGCAGAAACGGUACCUUUAUACCUAGAAACCCUGAAAACUUUUUUUUUUUGAAAAAGAGAAAGCGCCCGGUGGUGUUUUUGCAGCAUGGUCUUCUUGGUUCCAGCGCAGACUGGGUCACAAAUCUUCCUAAUGAGUCACUUGGUAAAUAUUUCAGUGUUUGUUGCGAGAAUUGCUGUGUUAUUCCAGAAGCAAUAACGCAGUUACUGUGAGU